GCGAUAAAAAUGCUCUUCAGUCACCUGUGGUUCUAACAUUACCGCGACUGGUUGUAAAGGGAAACUGAUACACUGAUUAUAAUCAUUUUAUGUGAUAAUUAAAGAAAGAAACUCGCUAGUAAGAUGUAUGAAAGUACUCGCGUGUCGCCGCGAGUAUUCACGGCAAUACAAAAUGUUGAUAUCAUGGAGUUAUCAUUAUGUUCCCACAAGGAGAUCAGACCCAUCCUGCCGUGUUUGGUUAGAAUGAGCCUCAUCUCGCCGCUUGACAUAACGAAGGAAUGCGUGGAAGGUAGGAAGCAGGUUCUAACAAUAUUAUCGGGCAUCGAAUCCGUCAAUUCUAUUAUUGCCCUGUUAUCUAUUGAUUUCCACGCGCUCGAAACUGACGUCCGACAGGAACAACAGUUGAGGCAAAAGCUGGGUAGUGUGCAACGGGACAGCGUAUUGGCACAGUCUUUAUCAAGUGGCCUGGCUCUGGAGUUUGAGCGCAGCGAAUCCAUUCGCAGGAUUAGACUGGUGCUCAGUGAGAUCCUAUUUAUAGCAUCUCAGAUACAAGAACUGCAAAAGAAUCAGGAGUUUCAGAUCAAGCAGUCAGACUUAUUCGACAAUGCAGUCUACAUGGAGGAAAUAAGCUACGUCAUCUGCAUAGCACUUGCUGAAUUGCCAACAUUGCUGUCUAUUCUUGAUAUUACAGAGACCUUGCUGCAUGUCAAGCAUGGUCCAGAUAUUAUCUGCUGGAUUGUUGCCAAUAGUCCGGAUAGCUUUUCAGAGGUGUGCGCGCACUUAAUUGCUAAUGGGGAGCGACAAGAAGAAUCCGCAUUAGGUAGAAUCAGGACGCAAGCUAUCACGCUGCUCUCUCAGAUGAAUCCAAGUCAAGCAUUGGCAGUCAGGGCAAAAUGUGUGGAAUUGUGCAGGAUGCCCGCUUUGGCUAUCACUUUGAGUCUAGAACAUGAAAACGCAAACAGCUCGCAGCCCGAGAGUGAUGUCGUUGCUUUUGUGUCAGGUUUGUUAUUAGGAAGCGAUCAACAGGUACGCUCGUGGAUUGCAAUGUUUAUCCGGAAUGGUCAGAAGCGUAAAUGGGAGUCUCAAACGGCCUUGCAAUCGCUGCGGGAAGAAUUGCUCAAACGAUUACAAACAAUCGCUUCUCAGAGUACGGAUAGUCAAUUAGCAGAAUCGCAGGUAGUGCAAGCAAGCGCACUAUUGAGGCUUUACUGCGCUCUGAGAGGUAUCGGCGGCAUCAAGUUUCAAGAUGACGAGGUGGCGAUGAUCGUUCAGUUACUAACGUCACAUCCGCCGCCAUCGCCGGCCGGUGUCAGAUUCGUUUCCCUCGGUUUGUGCAUGUUGAUAGCCUGUCCUUCACUGAUCGGUCAUCAUAAUCUAGAGAAACGGAGCAUCGAGUGGGUACAGUGGCUGGUACGCGAGGAAGCCUAUUUUGAGAGUGCAAGCGGUGUUACGGCCAGUUUCGGUGAGAUGCUGCUGCUGAUGGCGAUACACUUUCACAGCAAUCAGCUAUCGGCAAUCUGCGAACUAGUUUGUGCCACUCUCGGCAUGAAGAUACCCAUUAGGCCGAACAAUCUCACGCGGAUCAAACAGAUCUUCAUGCAAGAAAUUUUUACUGAACAAGUGGUCACCGCUCAUGCCGUCAAGGUACCGGUCACGGCGAAUCUGAAUGCUAAUAUUCCUGGAUUUCUACCGGUUCAUUGUAUCCAUCAGUUGCUGAAGUCACGGGCGUUUGCAAAACAUCGGGUACCCAUCAAGAAUUGGAUAUACCGGCAAAUAUGUGCGAGUGUGCCACCGCUGCAUCCAGUUCUACCGGCUCUGGUGGAAGUGUACGUAAAUUCAAUCUUAGUGACAAAUAACAAAACGUCUGAGCAUACGAAUAAACCUAUCACUGAAAACGAAAUCCGCCGGGUAUAUCAGAAUAGCGUAUUUGGAGCGAAUUUCGAUUUUAAGAAGAAUUCCGUUAACAUUAUGCAAGUAGACAUCGAUAAUAUGGACAUUAACACUUCGAAACCUUCGCUCACAUCUCAGUUAUUGCUGCUGUAUUAUCUUUUGUUAUACGAGGAUGUAAGAUUGUCCAACAUGCAUACCUUCAUAUCGCAAGGCAGAAAGGUCAAGUCGUAUUCGACGGAAUUUUUAUCCGAAUUACCAAUUAAAUAUUUGUUACAAUUAGUUCAACGGGAUCAGAUGAACUACGCCAGUUUAUUUUCGCCACUUCUUCGGCUAUUGGCCACUCACUUCCCGCAUUUAUCCCUGGUGGACGAUUGGCUCGAUGACGAGAUGAUCAAUAUAGAUUCUCCAAUCGCGAGUUAUGAGAACACAAAAAUCAGCGACAUCGCGAUCGUCGAAGCUUUCAGUCAUAUUAAAACUUGUCCCUCGAGGACAGGAAGAUUAUUGAGACAAUUAAUGACAAUGAAACCGACUGAAAUCUGGCCUCACGCUGAGCUGAUUGUACAUUAUUUUAAAGAUAUUCUUGAUGAACAAGUUCCUAGAUAUAUACAAGAACUUUACAAACAAGUAUGGCUCAGGCUUAAUACCGUGCUACCGCGUUGUUUGUGGGUUCUUUCCAUAAACGCGCUAUUAAUAGAAAAUUUAAUAGUAAAAAAUGUUUUCUUAACACAAGAUAAUAUUGUAUUGGAUCCGUUGCAAGUACUCAGAUGUGACACGAGAGUUUUCAGAUGCGCGCCGAUUUUAUCUGUGAUUCUUAGGAUUUUGCAAGCUACAUUGGCCGCGUCGCGAUCUCAGUUAUCCAGACAUAUGCAAGAUAAGCCUUUGACCGAGAAAAUCGGACAACUAACAAGCGAAACAGAGAGAGAAGAUUUAAGAAUAGCUUUAGUGAGUGGCCAGGAAAGUGCGGCAGUACAAAUUUUAUUAGAAGCAUGUCUGGAGACUACGGAAGACAGGAAUACUCCUGGACAAAUGUGGUCACUCCGAGAAAUACGGAGUGUUGUAUGCUCGUAUUUACAUCAAGUAUUCAUAGCUGAUCCGUCUCUGGCCAAGUUAGUUCACUUUCAGGGCUAUCCACGGGAAUUAUUGCCGAUAACGGUUUCCGGAAUUCCAUCUAUGCACAUAUGUCUCGAUUGGAUCCCGGAAUUGUUGUCGCAGCCUGAACCGGAAAAACAAGUAUUCGCGGUUGACUUGGCUUCGCAUCUGGCGAUUCAAUAUGCUUUACCAAAGGCUUUGAGCGUUUGCCGACUGGCGAUCAAUACUUUGAUAACAUUAUUAGGAGUAUUAUCUGCCAAAGAUCGAUUCGUUCUUUUCAUGCCGGUAUUAUCAUCGUUGACGCGGAUAUGCCUAGCAUUUCCUCCAUUGGCCGAGGAUACCAUAGGUUUAUUGCUUCAACUUGGUAGAGUCAGUUCGGCACAGGCAGCUCUAGGCGACAGAAUGACAAAUUUAUUGUGUCAAGAAGUGAAUACGACGUUUUGUACUUUGCUACAGAAAGCCAUACUGCAAUCGCGAGUUUACUAAAGCGCGACUUAAUAUAGUAAUUGUACAAAGUUGUCUGAUUAGAGAGUUCUACUGUAUAUUAUGUAAGAUAUAUUUAUAUAAUAUAAAUUAUCUCUUCUACCCUCUUCAUCACAGAUCUUAAGCAACUUUGUGAUCUAUUUUUGAAUCAAUUAGAGAUAUCCUUGAUAAAUUUAUAAUAUUAAUUAUACUGCUCGUUCUUGCGAUCAUAUUGUGUCAAUCUAACGUGAUUAUGCCAAUGUAAGUAAAUCAAAGAUAUA